AGGGUUUCACUCUUCCGUAUAUAAUCCUGCCCACAACGCCGUCUCCUAAACCUUAGCCGCGCGGACGCCCACCAGCAGCUGCCCCCUUGCUGUCGCCGCCUCUCCGCGCGACCGAUCUACCGCCGCCGCCACCAUGUCGCUGAUCGCCGGCGAGGACUUCCAACAUAUUCUGCGUCUGCUGAACACCAACGUGGAUGGGAAGCAGAAGAUCAUGUUCGCCAUGACCUCCAUAAAGGGUGUUGGGCGCCGCUUCUCCAACAUCGUCUGCAAGAAGGCCGACAUCGACAUGAACAAGAGGGCCGGUGAGCUGACGCCUGAAGAGCUGGAGCGCCUGAUGACGGUCGUGGCGAACCCUAGGCAGUUCAAGGUGCCGGACUGGUUCCUCAACAGGAAGAAGGAUUACAAGGACGGAAGGUUCUCACAGGUCGUCUCCAACGCCCUCGACAUGAAGCUCAGGGACGACCUCGAGAGGCUCAAGAAGAUCAGGAACCACCGUGGUCUGCGUCACUACUGGGGCCUCCGUGUCCGUGGCCAGCACACCAAGACCACUGGCAGGCGCGGAAAAACUGUUGGUGUCUCCAAGAAGCGAUAAGCUACAUAUCUAUCGACAAAUCUCAGAUGUACUAGUGUUGGUUCAUGUUCAAACUGUCUUGAUGAAGGGUUUCUGUUGGGACAGUUUCCUGAAAUUAUGUUUUGCCCUAGGAUAAUCUUGCAGUUAUGGAACCUUAUUAUAUUGUAUCCUGCAAUUUGUUUUUUUGCAACUUAUAAGAGUAAUUUUAUUU